AUGGCAGAUGGAGCCACUGAUGAGAGCAUUUUGUACUUCAGCAAAUCAGAGAGUAAAGCCAUGAAGCCCCAGGACCCCAGGACCCCAGGAAGAUGCCAGCACGAUGAGUCCAGCAAGCAGAAAUAUAGCUUCCUUUCAUUGAAGAUUGUGUCUGAGGUCACUGUCCAGCCGAAGGGUUUGGACCUCUACUGUAAAAAUGGGAAGGAAAACGACAUGGAAGUGUUACUAGCAGAGUGUCCAUUAUCCUGUAUCUGUGCAAGAGACUCCGGGACAGUAACCUGCCGUGACAACGAGGACACCGAGUUACCGGGAGACAUACCGGAGUGGGCGACCACGUUAAUACUCAGGGGGAACAACAUCUCAACCUUACCGGGUGGAGGGUUCUCCUCGAAUAACGGGACAAAACUCGAGCUAACGACCCUCUCACUGUCACAUAAUGGAAUCAUGGUGAUCGAGGCUGACGCUUUCACAGGACUCCCACGGUUGAGUUUGCUGGAUUUGAGUCACAAUCGUUUGAUGUACAUCUCAGACCGGGCGUUUCACAGUCUGCAGGAGCUCCGCUCUCUUUACCUGAAUGACUCCCUCCUCGCACCGGCUGUGGCGCAGCUCUCCAAUGCAUUGCAUGGAGACAUUUUAUGCAACCUCCACCGGCUGGAGCUAUCUGGCAACCGGUUGAAAACCAUACCCAUUUCAAGGUUGGAUACAUUCAACCUUCACACUUUAGUUUUAACCAAUAACUCAAUUGAGAACAUUGGUAAAGAGGACGUCUCCAGUUUGUACCGCCAAAAGCAAGUGCGCGUCUAUUUAUCACUGAACCCGUUCAGGUGUAACUGUGAGCUGGAAUCGUUCUACUUCUGGUUAAAGAACUCUUCUCAGUGCGUGGACACCGCGCGCCUCCUGUGCGCCGAGCCCGAUGCCAAGAAGGGGAUUCCAAUAGAGUGGUUACGCGGUGAGGACGUGGAUUGUCUCAAUGAGAACCUAGAGGCGGUGUCCUACGUGUUCCUAGGCAUAGUCCUGGCGCUGAUCGGCAUAGUAUUCCUCAUGGUGCUCUAUCUAAACCGGAGAGGAAUCAAACGGUGGCUCAACAAUAUCCGCGAUGCGUGCCGCGACCAGAUGGAAGUGUAUCAUUACCGGUACGAGCAGGACUCCGAUCCCCGGUUGGCUAACGUCGCCGUUUAA